CUCCUGGCUGCAUUUUUUUUUUAUUGUACAAAAUAAUGGGUUUCAUUAUGGCAUUUUCAUACAUAGAUGAUACACUUUCACCUUAGUUGUCUUGACUUUAUUUUUGGUGUUUUUCCUGGCAGACAUUUUCCUUGGGGUUUUGUGUUUGAAUGUAUUGGUUUCUUCUUUUAAGUUCUCCCACGUUGUUUCCAAGAGAUGUAACUUUUAUUUUUGCAUUGAGGGUGGAACCCAGGCCAUGAAGAAUGCUAGGCAGGUGCUUACCCACUGAGGCACACCCAGAACUCUAACUUACUUUGAGGUAUCACUAGCAUUCCAUGACCCAUACCUCUGUGCAUGUGCAGUUCAGCACAUGCUGACACGUGCACGCCUGGGAACCCACCUUCAUUGGGAUGCCAAAACUGCUACCACCUCUGUAGGCCAUGCUGCCCAAUCCUGGGCACUGGCUUCGCCUUCACUGUAGACCAGCCAUGCCCUUUACAGAACGCACAACAGGUAUAGCCAGGACAUCAUAUAUUCUUUUCUGUCUGGGCUCCUUUUCUCAGAGCAGUGGCUUGUUAUCCAGCUAUGCUAUAGGUGCCUGUGCAUUGCUGGGUCUGUGCUGCUUUGUGGCUGAGCAGAUCACCUGCCAUCAUAUCUAUCUGCAAGCAGUUAGGCUAUUUUCAGUUUUUCACUGAUGAAUAAAACUUUAAUAAAAUUUAAUUAGAAAUCCUUACGUGGAUGUAAUUUUAAUUAGUCUUAGACAAAGACUUCAAAGGGAAUUUCUGUGAACUGUUUUGAAUGUGGCAGUGUGAUUUUUUGUGUUCCUACCAGAAAUAUAGGUUGUUCUGGUUCCCCCUCACUCUCACUGACACCUGGCAUCUGUCAGUCUCCUAAUACCCCACAGUUCUGCUGGGCUCAGUGGUUUGCAUUUGAUGUUGGACAUCUUUUUACAUGCUUAUUGGCCUUUAUUUGUCUUCUUUUGUGAUGUUUCUUUACAAAUGCAAGGCAGUUUUUUUAUUUGGGUUUUGUCCUCUAUAUAUUCUGAUAAAAACUGUCAUUUGUGUGUAUUCCAAAGGCUCUUUUCCCCGUCAGUGGCUUCCCUUUUUCAUUUUCUGAAAUCCCUUUAACACCCUUAUUGAAAGGUAAUCGAUGUAUGUUAUAUGCACAUAAAGUGUACAGCCAUGAAAGCAUCAUAUGCCAAGGAAGUGAACACAUUCGUCAGCCCAUGAGCUCUGCUUCUGUUAGUGUGGACUGGUUUGUAUUUUCUGGAUUUUUGUAUAAAUGAGGUAAAAUAGCAUUUUCUCAUUUUUGUCUGAUUUCUUUCACUUAGCACAAUUGUUUUGAGAUUCACUGUUUUUCCUUGUCCAAAGUCCAUUCCUUUGGGCUGCAGAGUGUCCAGUACAUGGAUGGGCAGUCUACUCUGGCGCUUGCACCCCGAGGUCAUGGUCACCCCCAGUCAUGGCUGCCUCCAGUCAUGGUCCAGAGGCAUAGUGCUGCUGCACUGUAUGCACAAAUCUGUGUGGAUGAGCACUUUCCCCCCUGGUAACUGUUAGGCAGGGAAUGGCUGUGUCAUCUGGUUAGUGUCUUUACUUUUGAAGAAUUGGACAAACUGAUUUUGAAAGUAACUGUGAGUUUUGUAUUUUCUCGAGUAGUACGUGAGGGUUCUGGCUCCUCCACACCCUCACUACCUCUUCCUAGGCAGGCGCUCUACCACUUGGGCCACAUAGUCCCCAGCCACCUCACCACCUCUUAAUGUUGUCUCUUUCAGUGUGUUUAUUGCCGGUUUCCCAGAGUAUACCCAAUCAAUGAUAGACCACCUGCUCACCAUGAAAAUUAACCACUGGGACGGGACCAUCCGAGAACUGUCGGCAAAGGCGCUGCACAACCUGGCCCCACGAGCGCCUGAAUACAGUGCCACUCAUGUGCUUCCAGCCCUGCUGCCCAUGACGCUGAGUCCGGAUCUGCACGUGCGGCAUGGGGCCAUUCUCUCCUGUGCAGAGAUUGUCCAUGCCCUGUACAAGCUGGCAGCUCAGAGGGACAGGCCCGUCACGGACUACCUGGAUGAGAAGGUGGUACAGAGCCUGAAGCAGAUUCACCAGCAGCUUCAUGAUCGUCAUCUCUACAGGUAA